ACAGCCACGCGAGAUUUCCGUGAUGGCUAACGAGAACUAGCUUCCUGUGACAGCCACAGUGACACCGGUCGCGGUGAUCCACCUACAUCUGCAAACGUUUCUCCGGCGUUAUAAGUCACAAGGAGACGGUCUCAAACUGUCCACCCACAGAGGGGUCCUGUCUGCUGGCUCGAAGCGCCCUCACCGCCCCUCGGACUGUCCGCGGCUCUCGUCCUUUAAUCGGCCAGUUCUUGAGUGCUGACAUCCACCAGCGCCUCUGAGGAGUCUGAUCUUUGAUUUCUAUUGAUUAACAAUUAAUCCUCCUGUACUGUCCAGCCUCAUCCAGCCCCAGUGUGGAUCUUUAGCCCCUCCGGCAGGACAGUGGCAGAGGCAGAGCCAGAGCCAUCAGGGACCAGACCAGCAGGCAGCAGGGCUCCAUGAGCACGGCGGGGCAGCAGCAGGCGGGGGGCCUGCGUUCUCGUCGAGCCCCUGGCCGGGACAAGGACCCUGGACAGGGCAUGGGCAUGGAGGCGGCCUGCUGGCUGGCCCCCGGAGUGCUGCGCAGGCUGAUCGAGCUGCCCUCGCCCCCCCUGUCCAGACACCAGCUCAAGAGACUGGAGGAGCACAGGUACAGCAGCGCUGGACGCUCCCUGCUGGAGCCUCUCAUGCAGCGUUACUGGGAAUGGUUGGUGGGACGAGUUCCUGCCUGGAUUGCCCCAAACCUCAUCACCAUCAUCGGCCUGGCCACCAAUGUCUUCACCACCCUCGUGCUCGUCUACUACUGUCCGACUGCCACUGAACAGGCUCCUCUCUGGGCGUACCUGCUGUGUGCUGUGGGUCUGUUUAUCUACCAGUCAUUGGACGCCAUUGACGGGAAGCAGGCCAGACGCACCAAUAGCAGCUCUCCGCUAGGCGAGCUGUUUGACCACGGCUGUGACUCCCUCUCCACCGUGUUUGUGGUGUUGGGAACCAGUAUAGCAGUGCAGAUGGGAACCAAUCCGGACUGGAUGUUCUUCUGCUGCUUCGCCGGGAUGUUUAUGUUCUACUGUGCUCACUGGCAAACAUACGUGUCAGGAACGCUGCGCUUUGGCAUCAUUGAUGUGACUGAGGUGCAAAUCUUCAUAAUAGCCAUGUAUUUGCUGGCCGCCGUGGGAGGAUCUGCUUUUUGGCAGUCACUGAUUCCGAUCCUAAAUAUCCAGAUGAAAAUGGUUCCUGCCAUCUGCACUUUUUUAGGAGCCAUCUUCUCCUGCACCAAUUACUUCAGAGUUAUUUUUACAGGAGGCGUGGGCAAAAACGGAUCCACAAUAGCAGGAACCAGCGUCCUCUCUCCAGUCUUACAUAUUGGUUCAGUUAUAAUUCUGGCCAUGAUGAUAUACAAGAAAUCUGCAGUCCAGCUCUUCGAGAAACAUCCGUGUCUUUAUAUCCUGGCGUUUGGCUUCGUCUCGGCCAAAAUCACCAAUAAAUUAGUUGUAGCACAUAUGACAAAAAGCGAGAUGCACCUGCACGAUUUAGCCUUCCUGGGGCCAGGACUACUGUUCCUGGAUCAGUAUUUCAAUAGUUUUAUUGACGAGUACCUUGUGCUGUGGAUUGCAUUGAUCAUUUCCUUUUUUGACUUGGUGCGUUACUGUGUCAGUGUUUGCAACCAGAUUGCCUGCCACCUUCACAUUUUUGUUUUCAAAAUCAAGCCUUGUUCAGUGCUCAGUUCCGCUCCUCACUGAGGACACGCCGGCCAUUACUGACUCUGUCCCUUCCUGUUAGUCGCACUCAUCUUUUCUUCCCUCUGUUGUCCACGUAGAGAUGCAGGGGAUGACGUGGUGUAACGUAUGUGCUUCUGCCAACUGAAUGUGAGGACAAAUAAUAUAUAUUAAGAUACUGGAGUAUUACUGUCAUUGUUUCUUUUUCACCAGUGCAGAGUUGAAUUUGUACCAGUUUCAUCUUCUGCCCAGUAAUAAGAACCUCCUUCUGACAAACUCAUGGUCACACAGAGCAAAUAUUUCAGGAGAGUACAGGUGCUACUCGGUGUGUUCAAGGAGAGAAACUUACGUGUGUUUUAACUGUUCUUGUGCAAAGAAAAAUGUAUAGGAAACGAAUCAAAGUCUUUGCUUUUCAUGAUUAUAAUUUUUGUAAUAUUUGCAUAACGUUACCUUUUUGCUAUUGUAAAUAUCAAACUGUUACGGUGUACGUGCUUCUCUUUUAAGUUAAAACAAAACAAAAAAAAAAAAGAAUUAUCCCACUUUGACACACAUUUAUAAACCUUUCUUUCCUUCAUGUAUUUGGUUUUAAAAUCGUCUCCUGCACAUCGCACGACACGGUGCAGCUGCUUCACGACGGCAGAGAUGAGGUUUGGGAGGAAACUGAAUGUCGACUUUGUUACAUUUUUCUUUUAUACGUCAGAAUGUUCUGCAAAAUAAUCACUGCCAAUGUUUUUGUUUAGUUUGUCAACUGAACCACUCACUUAAAACUGCACAUGGGAUUAUUUUCGGGGGGGUGUUUGGAUGUUUCAGUGUAUUUAUUGUCGUAUGUUUAAUGUUAUUUGCUAAUAUAUUCAUUAUAAAGUUUAGAGUUUGGUUAAUGCCUCGUGGAGUUACACUUUAGAUGCACGUUAUUGUUUUUUUAUUGUAAAUAGAGAAGGACACCGAGGACACGGCAGCAGAAAUCACGCACAGAGAAUGUCUAAACUCAAAGGUCCACCUGUUUUUGUUUUGUUUGUUUGUUUUUUUUAGAGCGCUGCGGUUGAACGGUACAGACGCUUGUAAACAAGAACGAAACUCGACGCUCAGAUUUUCCCACAUUUUGCAAUUAACUGGAACAAAACUCAAGAAUUUUAAGAUUAAAGCAACGUAUUGUAAAGUAGAGCUGCAACGAUUAAUCAAUUUCUUUUUAGCUGUUAAACUCCAUUGCCGACUAUUUUGAUAACUAUUGGUUUGAAUAGAUUUUUAUUUAAAGAAAACUAGUAAAGAUUUUGCCUUCGUUGUGACCGUAAACUGAAUGUCUUCGCUUCGUGGACAAAAUAUUUGAGGACGUCGUCUUGAGUUUUGGGAAACACUCGCCGACUUUUCCCACCAUUUUCUGACAUUUUAUAGACUAAACUAAUGGAUUAAUCAACAGAUUAAUUUAACAAAUGAAUCACCAAUGAAAAUACUUGAAUGUAUCGACGUCUCACCUUUCUUUCUUUUCUCUCUUUUUUUUUUUUUUAAGUCAGUGCUCAGAUUCAGAUCGCUCCGCCAGCCGUCACUCUGCUUCCUGUCACUCCGUCUCUACUUGGUUUUAUUAUUCUAUAUUUUUCUUUUCGUCAACAAAACCCACAAAAGACCAAAACAGUGUCUUAGUUUGUCUCUCUGUACUCUGACUCAUUGGUUCCUGAUGUAGAUGUAAAUCUUUAAGAACACCUCACAUGAAUAUAGUUUGACACUUUAUAAUAAACAUUAUUCAGUUCAUAGUUAAUUAAACUUUGAUAUUAAAGUUAACAGUAAUUUGACUGUUAAUUAACAAUGAGUGAAUGUUUAUAAUGCUUGUAAAUGGUAAAUAAAUACUGUGUAGUUGAUCUCUGACAUCUCUAACAAAGUUAUAUCUGAUGCUGAUAAACCUGCACAGUCGCUUAAUAACUGAUUUAAAAAGCAUUUCAUUGUUUAACAGUGAAAUAACCUUUAACUAAAGAUUAAUUAACUAUGAAUUUGCUAUUUAUUAAUGAUGAAUGUUAUGAAGUGUUACUUGUAGUUUCAUUUCCUAAAUCAGAUGCUCACUGGAGCGUUUGUUUUUUCAGCGGUGGAUUAAUCCAAUUUUUUUCUGUUUAGGGGAAAAUUUCCUGCAGCAGGAUUGUAUGUUUGUGUUUUGAGGCUAAAUAAUGUGUGUGGCUCACUGAUUAGCAUUUUUUAAAAAUAGUUUCUGGACAACAGUUGAGCUCUGUGGCAGAGAGGAAACUGAUCCAUCAGGCAGUACCUGUUAGUGGGUCGGUCCAUUGUUGGUUUUGGUCUUUUCGUGGGAUUUGUCGACAGUUAACGAGACUUUUAACGACUCCCUGCGCACCAUCCCGCUUAUUUUCAUGAACGCCACACUCCUUUCCUCCUGUGUUGUCGUUGGCUGCAGCUACUUGGAGACUUUAUUCACAACAGAACCCGGUUGACAUCGUGUUUCCUCUUAAAUCACACCUGCUGAGGCAGAACAGGUGCACCUGGGCUGAAUGUGCAGGAGACGGUGUCGCAGGAUGACAUGGCAGUUUUUAAGGUGGUGACAGAUCAAACUUUUGUUCCUGACCGUUAAUAAAAACCUGUUUAUGUGAAGUGGCUGCUGCUCCCUCCUCCUCCUCCUCCUCCUCCUCCUCCUCCUCCUCCAUCCUCUACUGUUACAGCUCCUCAUUCUGACUGAGUGGGUGUUUAAUGUUGCUGCUUCUCAACAGAACCUGUACUGGACGGCCUGUAUUAAUGUGGACAACAUGUUUAACAACAGAGAUUAGUUUCUUGCUUUUGAGUAUUGUGCCUGUUUUUUUUUUAUUUAUACUUCUGACUGAUUUACUGUAAGCAGCCGCCACAGUUUGUUCUUAAAUCUAAAAGAUGCGAAGUGUCGACUGUGGUGAGAGUCGCUGAUGUACAACAGCGUCAGAGCAGCAUCGCUGUCUUAACUGGAUGAGUUCAGGUUCUGGACGGAUUUAUCAUAAAACUGCUUUUUACCUCAACGCUGCUGAGGGGAAAAAAAAAAAAAA